AUGGGGAAGAAGGUUGCAGCCACAAAGGUGAUGAUGACACCAAAGAUGAUACUGGCGAUAUGUAUCUGUAUUGUGGUGUUGACGACAAUGUACUCAAUGAAGAUGAUUAGAACUAAAUCAAUGAUUGAGACAUUGGACGAUGACCCAGAUUAUCAACAAUCACAACAACAACAACAACAAUCACAAGAACAACCACCUUUACUAUUACAACCUCAUCAACAACAAGUGUUGGGCGUGGAUACUAGUAGUGAACAGAGAGUACCUAAUCAUGUGCCGCGUAGGUUUGCCCCGGUGAGCAGACCGACACCAAAGCCACAGUUGACAUCGGAGGAGUUGGAAGCAGAGGAAAGGAUCAAGAAGGAACAGGCCAUCGCCAAUGAAGCCGAGCGAAAGGUGUUGGUACAACGCGUCUUCCAGGAGGUGUUGGACGAGCGCGAGAUGAUCUCUGCUAUCCAGGCCGACAAACACUCGACCGUUAAGUUGCCACAGUAUGCGGUUCUUCCUUCUCUUCCUUUCGACUACCGUCCACUUGAUCAAGAAACCGACCAGCAGUACCUGCUCGACAACAAGUGGAAACUGAAAAAGGAACUGAAUCCAUUCCUCUUGCAAAAGCCUCAUAUAUUCGUUCACAUUGCCAAGACGGCCGGCUCAUCACUGGGCAACAUCUUCAAGAGAAACGAGCGUCGUGAUCAAUUUAGUCACUACUGGGUGCACCCUGGCAAGCACGAGCUGGAAUUUGUCGCCGGACACAAGUCCACUAUCUUUGGCCACAUUCGCUUUGGACUUCACUUUUACUAUCGCGACAUGCAUCCAAAUCGUGUGACACUGCGCGACGACGGUCUCAACCCAUACUCCUACAUGACAAUGAUGCGCGAGCCCGUCGACAGGGUCAUCUCACAUUAUUAUUAUCAUCGUCAGAAUAAGCGCGAUCCUGGUCAUGCUCUGGCCAUGAAGUACACACUCCAAGAAUGGUUGGAGCGCAGUCCAGCCGCCAACAACGAACAAGCCAGGAUGCUAUGUGGCGUAGCUCCACCCGAGUACAUUGAUAACGAGAGCCUUACCGAGACAUGUGCUCACCAUCAUUUGAAAUAUACUUAUAAGUUUGUUGGAUUAACGGAGAAGUUCCCAGAGAGUCUGGUGUUGUUGACACAUUAUGCAGGAUUCCAGGCGAUCAGAUUCUCAAAGAUCAACACUGGAACGCAGAGACCCAGUGUGUCUGAGGUGCCAGUGGAGAUUGUCGAAGAGAUCAAACGAAGGAAUUACAUGGACAUUGAACUAUAUAAUAUUGCCAAAGAGAUGUUCGAGAUGCAGAUCGAUGCAAUUGGUCGCGAAUUCGUCGAGCGAGAAGUUAAGGAGUUUAGAAAGAGAAUAAAGGUGCUGCAUUGA